AUGGAUUUUAUUGAUCGCUGCAACACUGCCCUCCAGGUGCUCUGGGAUUAUAUUCGGCUUCACCACACAGCCACAGUGACGUCUCCAGCCUUCCCUGUUCUUCUGGCUUUCUCCGGCUACCUCCUCUUCUCCACCCCCUUCGCUCUCAUGGACCUCAUUGGAGAGCGAUUGCCGCUGCUUUCCAAAUAUAAGAUUCAGAAGAACCAGCCGAGUUUACAGAUGAUGGGCCAGUGCCUCCGUCAGGCAGUCUUCAACCACCUGUUCUAUGUCCUUCCCGGGGUUGCCAUCAAUUGGUUUUGGGAUCCAUCUGCCCCACUGCCAGUAAGGGCUCCAACAUUCACCCAAUUCCUGACUGGCGUGCUGAGCUGUCUGCUGGUGUUUGACUUCCAGUACUACUGCUGGCACCUGCUCCACCACAAAAGUCGCUGGCUGUACAAGAAUCUUCAUGCCAUCCACCAUGAGUAUGUGGCACCUUUCUCGUGGGCAACCCAAUAUCUCGGGGGUUGGGAGCUGCUGACUGUUGGGUUUUGGAGCAGCACCACUCCGCUGCUGUUCAAGUGUCACCCGUUAACUAUGUGGGCCUUUAUGUUACUGAGUGUCUGGAUGUCUGUGGAAGACCACGCUGGAUACAACCUGCCCUGGGGCCUCCAUAAGAUCAUCCCUUGGGGACUAUGUGGAGGGGCCCCAGCUCAUGACCUGCAUCAUCAGAACCCGAACACCAACUUUGCCCCUUUCUUUACUCACCUGGACAGGGUGUUUGGGACUUCCAACAAAGAUUAA